CCUCGUCAGACACGGGCUGACCUGCCCGCCCUUCCUCCCACAUUGGCACCACGCACACAUUCGACUUUUGCUUUCUCCCUCAUCCACCAUCCAUUUCUCCUCAUCCAGCGACAGUAUCAACAGCGCCAUCACUCGCUUUAUUGCUUGUAAUUCGUGGGACCGCCGACUUGUCCGGGUCUCUAGCGCACGCCCUCUAACCCAGCGUCGUCGUCACCACCUCCUAAUUGCUACCCGCCGUCAUCUUCGACGGCCAGCGGCCCGGCCAUCUACCCCCUCGUGCGACGGAGCUGGCUGGGUAUGGCCUAACGACUUCGCCACGGGCGUCCCUCGCGAUCGAUCAUUGCCAGAAGAUCCAGUCCCCAUGUGAUCGAUCCGCCCACGCCAUUCACAACGCCUGCCCGACAUGCUACGACGACCGCCCAACGACGGUCGUGGCGCCUCGCAGCAGCAAAAGUUCCUGCUUGCCUUCGCCUUCUUUCUCCUGCCCUGGCUGCCGCUCGCCGAGGUUCAGCAUCCGACGCCGCAGCAGGCUGUGCACUCCCUGCCACCCCAAGUCGGAGUCCGCAACGGCGCUCGGAGCGACAACAGCCAGCCAUUGCCCGACGGUGCGGCUGUCCAUAACUGGGCCGCCACGCAAUACGGCGACAGCAAGCAUGAUGCCGAGAUCCUCGACGAUGCUGCUGCCGACUCCGCCGACGACUCGGCGCCGACGGCACCACGCGACAAGACAAGGCCGUCUCCCGCCCUCCCGAGGCAGCGGCAGCACGACCCCGUCGUCGACCGCUCCAGACUGAACCGCCAGCAGCACCGGCCGCCAGUCGGUAGCAACAGCUAUAGCUACAACAUCCACAGCGAUGGUGACAACAAUAACAAAAACAAUAAGAAACCAAAUACCAAUCAUAACAAGCGACACAUCAUUGACACCGACGAUGCGAGCGCCCUCGCGACUUUGGCUCCGGCUCAGGCCGUCCGAGCACCACAUCCCCCACGACAUCUUCGGCCCACUAGCAUCCCCGCUACCGGGCUCACCUCGCCGCAGAAUGCGCGGAGUCUGGAGGACUGGGAAGUGGAAGACUUUGUUCUUCUGGCGACCAUCGAUGGAACCCUCUACGCCACCGACCGCAAGACGGGCAAGGAGCGCUGGCAGCUCGAGGUAGACCAGCCCAUGGUCGAGACGCUCCACCACCGCGCCAACAGCUCUGUUCUCGACGACGACUACAGCCCAGUUGAUCACUACAUAUGGGCGGUCGAGCCCAGCCGCGACGGCGGCGUCUAUGUCUGGGUUCCGAGCGGGCCCGACGCCCGCCCUCGCGCCACCGGCUUCACCAUGAAGAGCCUGGUUGAAGAGCUGGCUCCCUUUGCCGACGAGAAAUCAGCCGUCGUCUACACCGGUGACAAAAAAACCAACAUGAUUACCCUCGACGCCGCCACGGGUCGCGUCAUUAAGUGGUUCGGCUCUAGUGGCUCCCAGGUUAACGAGGCCGAGAGCUGCCUGCGGCCCAACGCACUCUACGACAAGGACUCGGAGGAGUGCAGUUCUACGGGUACCAUCACCCUCGGCCGCACCGAGUACACCGUCGGCAUCCAGCGUCGCGAGGAUGGCCGGCAGGUGGCCACCCUCAAGUAUGCCGAGUGGGGUCCCAACAAUUUUGACCUGGACCUCCUUCAGCAGUACCAAGUCUCCCUCGACAGCCGCUACAUCACGAGCCGGCACGACGGCAAGGUGUACGCCUUCGACUAUGCUCGGGCCGGCCCCGCGGCGCCCUUGUUUAGCCACAAGUUUGAGGUGCCCGUGGCUCGUGUCUUUGACGUUUGUCGUCCGUGGGACGCGGCUUCGGAGAGCAACCCCGAGCUCAUCGUCCUACCCCAGCCGACGAUGCCGUCACAGGACGCCAGCAUCGCUCGAGCGCGCAGCAGCAGCAUCUUCCUCAACCAGACCGAGACAGGCAGCUGGUACGCCAUGUCUGGCCGCGCGUAUCCGCUCAUCGUCGACGCGCCCAUGGCGCCCAUCAACUCCCAGGACUGGUGGGACAUGGCGUCGAGUUGGGAUACCGUGAGCGGCCCCAAGCUCUCGAAAGCCCUCGCCGGCACGCAUUCGCUCGACAGGCAUCGUGGCGACAAGCUGGAUGCGCCCACCCCCCAGGGCAUGAUUACGGAUGGCAGUGAGUACAGGGAGCAUGACGCGGAUCUGCCCACGCCUGAGCCAUCUGUGCUGGAGGAGUCGACCAUCGUCGAUAAAGUCAAGGGCCUUCCGCAGAGCGCGGCGGACAGCGUCGUUGACUUCAUCAAGAACCCCAUCCUCUUCCUGCUCUUCUUUGCUGCCCUGAUCUACAACGAGAAGAAAUUACGCCGAUCGUACCAUCGCUGGCGCACCAGCGGUAGCUUAAGGGACGCGGUCCACUUCCUGACGUCUGACGCCUCUGCGGAAAGAGUGGCCAAGGUGGAAGACGACGAGUCGGACACCAAAAGCGCUCGUGAUGAGUCCCCCGUCGACGCCAAAGUCGGCGACAAGGGAGACGGCCAGGAUGUGGUCAGGGCGUCGGGAGUCGAUGUGCACGCGCCCAGCGCCGAAAAGCAAGCCGAGACGGCCGACAAGGCGGCCAGCGCAGAGGGCGACGCCAAAGCAGACGAGGAGGCGCAGAAUGGCUCGGGCGAUGCACAAUCUGGCGCGGGGCCGGAAAAGAAGAAGAAGGCGCACCGUGGCCGACGAGGCGGAGUUAAGCACCGCAAGGGCAGGGGUCGGGAAGCGUCGCAGUCGAGGGAGGACGACGCACCGCCCACGACGGUCGAGGAAGCCGUCAACAACGCCAAGCGCCUUGGAGAUCGUCCGAGCCUCGAACCCGACGUCAUGACAGUCGCCAACGAUAUGCAGGCUGUUACGGGUCCCAUCAUUCGCAUGGGCAACAUCGAAGUCAACACAGAGCUGCAGCUAGGGACUGGCAGCAACGGCACGCUGGUGUUUGCCGGAAAGUUUGACGGCCGUGAUGUGGCCGUCAAGCGCAUGCUGAUUCAGUUCUACGACAUUGCCUCGCAGGAGACGCGGUUGCUGAGGGAGAGCGACGACCAUCCCAAUGUUAUCCGAUACUACUCACAGCAGAUGCGUGACGGGUUCCUGUACAUUGCACUCGAGCGUUGCGCGGCGUCUCUCGCCGAUGUGGUUGAGCGACCGCAUCUGUAUCGGGAGCUGGCAAACGCGGGUAGGACCGACCUUCCCGGCGUCCUCUACCAGAUCACAAACGGCAUCAGCCAUCUCCACAGCCUGCGGAUCGUUCAUCGCGAUCUGAAACCGCAGAACAUUCUGGUCAACAUGGGCAAGGACGGCAGGCCGCGAAUGCUGGUGUCCGACUUUGGCCUGUGCAAGAAGCUCGAGGGUGGACAGUCGUCGUUUGGCGCCACGACGGGAAGAGCGGCGGGCACCUCGGGGUGGCGCGCGCCCGAACUUCUCUUGGACGACGAUGCGCGUGAUGCUGGCAUGGUCGAUGCCAGCACGCAUAGUGGUUCGGGGUCAGUGCUCGUCAACGACGGCACCAUGGCCAGUAACCGCCGAGCGACUCGCGCCAUCGACAUCUUCGGCCUCGGCCUCGUCUUCUUCUACGUCCUGACCAACGGCUCCCACCCGUUCGACUGCGGCGACCGGUACAUGCGGGAAGUUAACAUCCGUAAGGGCAACCAUAACCUCCGGCCGCUGGACGCCCUGGGAGAUUUUGCGUACGAGGCUGAGGACUUGAUUGCGUCGAUGCUUGAAUCGGAUCCAAAGCAGAGGCCCAACGCCCGGGAGAUCAUGUCGCACCCAUUCUUCUGGUCUCCCAAAAAGCGCCUGGCCUUCCUGUGCGACGUCUCGGACCAUUUCGAGAAGGAGCCUCGCGAUCCUCCCUCGGCGGCGCUCCAAGAGCUCGAGCGGCAUGCGGCGCAAGUGACCAAGGGCGACUUCCUGCGCGCUCUGCCCCGCGACUUUGUGGACUCGUUGGGCAAGCAGCGCAAGUACACGGGCUCAAGGCUUCUGGACCUGCUGCGCGCCCUGCGCAACAAGCGCAACCAUUACGAGGACAUGCCCGAUACCCUCAAGCGGACCGUCGGCCCGCUGCCCGAGGGCUACCUGUCGUUUUGGACGCUGCGGUUCCCGAUGCUGCUGCUCGUGUGCUGGAACGUGGUGUACAACGUUGAGUGGGAGAAGACGGACCGAUUCCGCGAGUACUAUGAGCCGGCGGGUCUGUGAGAGUGAGAGGCGGGUAGCCGAAGCAUGUCGGCCAUUUCAUGCUAUUUGCGUGAGCGAUAGGGAGGACUCUGGUAUACGGAGAUUGAUUAACGUCUUACAUUCGUUCUUGCAGAGUAAAAAAAAAGUACGUUGGUAUGGUUAGCAUUUAGGUAGGCGAGGCUAGGAUUAGCAAUGGGCACCAUCACAUGGGCGCUUUUUUAUCCUCGAUUGCCCCUGGUCUUUUCACAAUCAAUCCUGUCUGGUCCGUCCGUCCAUGCAUGCCAUGCCAUGUGAGGUGUAUGCGCGUGUAUGGGUAUGGGUAUGUGUGUGUAUGCAUGCAUGUAUGUAUCUAUCUACGUGUGUGCAUAUACACUGUGUGUGUG